ACGAUUUAAACUUUUAUUUCGGAGGAAGUGACAUAAAUAUCUGCCUUGUACUAGACAACUUGACAAUGCUCCAGGUCAGCGUCGGAGGAAACAGAAUACGACCGGACAGCGUUUCAAUGUCCCGACCAGUGUUCAACACUCGCACCGUGUCCGCUGCCUCCAACGUUGAACUACAUCAUGAGUGUGAAUGAACGUCAUCGUGCAGGAGAACAGGAACGGGAUGAUGCCGUUCCCACCGCCCGUCAGCAGGGACAGGGCCGUCCGGGACUUCCCACAGUGCUACACAACUGAGGCCUCUCUGCAGCUGAAGGAAGACUGGGACACUCGGGCUAAAGCAGCAUGUAAAGACAGUGCUGCCAGACAUCAGCCAUGGGACCGACAGAAAAUGUCAAAAGUGGUGGUUGUUGGAGACCUCAAUGUGGGGAAGACCUGCCUCAUUAAUCGGUUUUGUAAAGAUGUAUUUGAGAGAGACUACAAGGCCACCAUCGGAGUAGACUUUGAGAUCGAGAGGUUCGAAAUAUCUGGAGUUCCUUUCUCCCUUCAGAUAUGGGAUACUGCUGGGCAGGAAAAAUUCAAGUGUAUUGCAUCUGCAUACUACAGAGGUGCUCAGGUCAUUAUCACUGUAUUUGACAUGGCAGACAUUAAGUCCCUGGAUCACACACGCCAAUGGUUACAUGAGGCCAUGAGCGAAAAUGAGCCUGGCUCAUGUUUCAUCUUCUUGGUUGGCACUAAAAAAGACCUGCUGCCCUCAGAAGAAAGACAGAGGACAGAGAAAGAUGCCGUUAGGGUAGCAACAGAAAUGCAUGCAGAGUUUUGGGCUGUUUCAUCUAAAACAGGGGAGAACGUGCAGGGGUUUUUCUUCAGGGUGGCAGCCUUGGCCUUCGAGAAGUGCAUGCUGAAGGACACGGAGAACGGGAUCCCUGCUAGCAUCGGACGAGGAGACAGCAUCAAGUCAGAUUAUGCCAAACUGGACGAGGCCACACCCCCAGACACUAAGAGAAGCUGCUGCUGAUGAGGAGAGGAUCUGGGAGUGGUCACAGGGAGCACCAGACUGAAAUCAGCCUCUUAUUUCAUCAAAACAGCCACGCGCUCUGACGCUCAACCAGUUUGAUCAAUGUGCAUUUUUGGAAAUCAAUUGUUAUUGGACUGUAAACCAUCAAUAAUGGAUUCUUUUUUUAGAUUAUACAAAAUUUGAUGAAUUUAAAAAUCUUCAUAGCACAAAAAUUCCAUAGAUCAAAAUGUUUAGAUCUUGAGAAAGCCAGGAUAAAAUCAGACUAUUGUAAUAACUAAUAUUAUAAAGCAAAUGUUAUUACUGACGUUUUAGUUUACAAUGUUCUCGUUAAGUUUUGGUCAAUUCUGCAAUAUUUGUAAAAAAAAAAAAAUCGGUCUUGGACAGUGCCUGGACCGGAUCAUAUUUGGGACAUACUGUAAGACCAACAUCGUCCCUCGUGAAACCCUCGAAUGGUCACUUAGGCUUUUCUUUACUCUUUUAAUAGCGUUUGUUUCUUCAUACAGUAUUGUGGAAUAUUGUCUCAUUAAUAUUAUGGGUUGUACACUGACACGUUUAGAGGCUGAAAUUCCGGAGCAGCUAAACCAAAUGUUUAUGUUUACUCUUAUAGUAAUGAAAGUGUAAAUGUGUAUGGUACUAAUACAUCAUAAUACCUUAAUGUAAUUUCUUGAUGUAACUGAGCAACAGCUGAUGAAACCAGCUGUACAUUUAUGAGACCAGUAUUUUUGUCUAAAGCCUACUAUUGUUUAUUAAAUAGUCUUAUCAGCAGA